UGUGCCGGGAAGGCGGCCAGAACUUGAGCCAGAGCUGCGACCAGGAGGUCCAUGAUCAACCUCCCACCAGGAAGAAGCUCUACAAAUGCUUGGAAUGUGGGAAGACCUACAGCCGGAGCUCCAUGCUCCUCACCCACUGGCACACCCACACGGGGGAACAGCCCUACAUGUGUGGGGAAUGUGGGAAGAGCUUCAGUCACAGGUCCAGCCUGAUGCGCCACCGGAACAUCCACACCCGAGAGCAUCUCUACACAUGCUUGGAAUGUGGGCAGAUCUUCAGCCGGAGAUCCCACCUGAUUGGGCACCAGAUCAUCCACACCGGUGAACGGCCCCACAAGUGCUUGGAAUGUGGGAAGAGCUUCAGGCGGAGCUCUCACCUGAUUGGCCACCAGCGCAGCCACACGGGGGAACGGCCCCACAAGUGCUUGGAAUGUGGGAAGAGCUUCAGCGACAGCUCCACCCUCCACAACCACCAGCGCAUCCACACCGGGGAACGGCCCCACAAGUGCUUGGAAUGUGGGAAGAGCUUCAGCUGCAACUCCCACUUAAACUUGCACCAGAAGACUCACACUGGGGAACGGCCCUACAAGUGCUUGGAAUGUGGGAAGAGGUUUCUGACCAGCUCACAUCUCCUCAGGCAUCAGCAAAUGCACAGGGAGGAGAGGCCCUUCCACUGCACUGACUGUGGGAAGAGCUUCAAGGACAACUCCAUGCUCGUCACCCACCAACGCAUCCACACUGGGGAGAGACCCUACCAGUGUGAGGAGUGUGGGAAGAGUUUCACCCGCAGCUCCCACCUUGUCAGGCACCGGCGCAUCCACAGCGGGGAGAGACCCUACAAGUGUGAUGAGUGUGGGAAGAGCUUCACUCAGAGCUCUAACUUGACCACACAUCAACGGACCCACCAGUAAGAGAAGCCCUGUGAGCACCUCGACUGCGGGAAGAGCUUCAUCUGCUGCUCCAACUCCAUCACCCAUCGGAGGACCCACGUUGGAUGAUCCACAGUGACCACAUUGGGCAAAGACCUGGUGACUCACAUUCCAGAUGAUACACAUUGGGAAGACAUCUGGCAGGUGGUCUCCAUCGUCCUGGUUCCCUGUAGGCAUCUGGAUGAAGGCAGGGGAGGAACAUUCAUCAGGACACAGACUAAGAUUGGAAAUUCAUUGGGAAGAGCAAGUUUUUUGACUUUAGACCUGUGGCAGAACAUCUCCCCUGGAAUGCCCAAGCAAACUAUGCCACAGCCUGGUGGGGUAAGGAAUACGGAUGCAACACUGUACAGAAGGGUCCGACAAGAUAGAAGGUCAGGGUGCAAUGACCACUUUAUUAAGGGAGGACUGGGACUUAUCUAGGGUUUGGCUGAGGGAAGCUCGGUAACCGAGGCAGAGCAUGAGAUGGACAGCUCAGGGUAUAACAGGAUAGGAGAACAAAGGGAAAGGAGGGAGGAACUUGGGAGGAGUUGGGAGUCAAGGACCAAUGGGAACUCACUCCACAUUGCGGCACUUCUCAGCCAGUCAGUGUGGGAUGAGUGGGAAAGCAGGGGAGAGCAAGGGAGUAAACAACUUCUGGGGGGAAAAACUGUGGGCAAGUCCAGGCAAGUUCUGGGUAAUACAUUUCAAGGGGAUUAAUACAGAGAUAUAUGGGGAAAUACAUUAAAUGGGGUUCAGAACGGGGAUAUAAACGUGGAAAUCCAUAGGCUGUCAUCUCUUCAAGCACCAUACAGGUUCCUCCAUGCCUGGAAGCGUUACCAUUCUGAUUCUUGUUCCUCCACAGCAAAAAAUGCCCUCUUUGCAAAUGUAUCAGUGCUGGGCUAAGAGGGGCUCCUGCUAGAAACCAGUCUGGGUUCAACCCUGAAUUAACAUCCUACUGGUGAGGCAACCCCUGGAGUCCAAGGACUGUCAGUCCAUCACUUUAUUCUAUAAAGUUCCAGUCCCCUUUCCCAGGGGCAGGUUCUUCCAACAUAACCCUUCUCGGGGUGUAUGAGUGGAGAUUCCUCCUUUGGCUGGGGACCCCCCCCAAGGUCACUCCUUGAGGGUGAGAGCAUAGAUCUCCCCACGAGCGUUGGUCUGGGUGAGUCACAUCCAUCUCUAAUUAAUAACUAUUGCUUUUUUCCAGCUUUAGUAUAAUUGCUUCAACAAUUACUUUAGUGUAGUGCACUGUCCUAUCUUAUGCUAUACUACUGGUAGUUUUAGUAUUUGUAUUGUGUAGUAAAUAAUUCUGAUUAAAAUCCUUUGUCUGAUCAUCUGUGAUAAUGAAUAGUUCAUUUUAUAUCAAUAUAUCUGAUUUGCCAUCACUAAAACCUG